AUGUCAAGUUAUAAACCAAGUUUGACACAACGAUUUGCUAGUACAACAACAACAAAGGCUGUCACUAAACCUGCUGUUGCUUAUUGGCUUUAUUUUAAUGCCGGUAUGGUCUUUUCAAUUGUGGUAGUGGGUGGUCUGACUCGCUUGACUGAAAGUGGUCUUUCUAUUACUGAAUGGAAUGUCAUUUCAGGCAUGAAACCACCUCGCUCCGAACUAGAAUGGCAGGAGGAAUUUGAGAAAUACAAGCAAUUCCCUGAAUAUAAACUACUGAAUCGCCAUAUGACAUUGGAUGAAUUCAAGAAUAUCUUUUACUGGGAAUGGUCUCAUCGCAUGAUUGGUCGUUUCAUUGGUAUGAGUUUUAUUUUGCCCGGUUUAUACUUUGCUAAAAAGGGUUACAUGUCAAAGCGAGUCAUGAAACAAACCUUGGGUAUUACUUGUCUACUUGGCUUCCAGGGAUUCAUGGGUUGGUAUAUGGUAAAAUCAGGCUUAAAUGAAGCAUUGAUGAAAGAACCUGGUGCUGUACCUCGCGUAAGCCAAUACCGUCUCACAGCUCAUUUGGCUACAGCCAUCGCUAUUUAUGGCAGCACUAUCUUUGUGGCUGCUGACAUUAUCCGCCAAAACAAAUUGGCCAAUGGCACUUUCCCCUUAGAGACAGCCAAGAUGCUCAACAACCCUGUCUUGAAGCGAUUCCGUAUCGCCACUCAUAGCUUGGGUGCCUUGAUGUUAGUGACGGUCUUGUCAGGUGGAUUAGUGGCAGGUUUAGAUGCAGGCUUGAUCUACAAUGAGUUCCCCUGGAUGGGUGAAGGCAUUGUACCACCCAAGGCUGAACUCUGGUCUGAUCAUUAUGUCAAACCCACCGAUAAGGGUAAAUGGCGCAACUUACUCGAAAAUCCUACCACUGUCCAAUUUGACCACCGUACCUUGGCAGAGACCACAGCUACCUUGACAACAGCUUUGUGGCUCUGGUCAAGACGUUUACCCUUGCCCAAGAACGUACGUUUGGCAGUCAAUACUAUGAUGGGUGCUGUUGUGGUUCAAGUCAGCUUAGGUAUCUCUACUUUAGUCUAUAUGGUUCCUAUUGAAUUGGCUGCUGCUCAUCAAGCAGGUGCACUUUCACUCUUGACAUCGAAUUUCUGGUUAAUUCAUGCUUUACGUCGUGUUCCUUUGUAA